UCCAGACCGUCCCCAGUACAAAGUUUACUAAUGUCUGCUGAUACACAGCAGUGAUGUGCAUGAAAUCACAUGGCGGUGCUCUUGCGCUCACAUGACACUCGGAGCCAUGGCAGGAGAGAUCAAUGAAGGCUCCGUUCCUGCCUACUACAGGGAGGUGUAUGAGGCCAUCCGCUGCAGGACGGACGAGAGGGUGCAGGUCGAAGUUUUCCAGCGGUUGCUCCAGAGGACCGAACUCUCCAGGGCUGUUUUAGGACAGAUUGCAGAGCAUGUCGACUCCUCGGACGGAUCCCUGAGCAAGUUGUCCCUCUAUAAAGCGCUCGCGUUGAUUGCUCUGGCUCAGCAAGGGAAGCAGCCAAGCCCCAAACUCUUGGAGAACUGCAUACAAGAGUUACCGAAACCUCAGCUUGGGGAGCCGAAGGACCUGAGCUCACUGAGGAUGCAGCCAGCUCAGGAGGACGCGCUGAUGAUGUCACACACGCUGGACAAGCUGCUGGUCAGAGACACGGUGCAGGUGGAGCUCAUACCUGAGAAGAAGGGCCUGUUCCUCAAACACGUGGAGUACCAGGUCACCAGCCAGCGUUAUAAAAUAUCCGUUUACAGACGCUACAGUGAUUUUGACGUCUUCCACGAGGUUCUGCUUCAGAGAUUUGCUUACAGAGUGGUGCCAGCGCUGCCACCCAAAAGGAUGUUGAAGGGGGUGUUGACCUCCGUCUCUGAGCGGGAGUUCAUUGAGGGGAGGAGACGCGCUCUCGGCAGAUUCAUUAACUUGGUGGCCCGGCAUCCUGUCUUCUCAGAGGACGAGCGGGUUAAGACCUUCCUCACCUUCAGUGGCUCUGAUGUUCAGACGAAGCUGCGUGAUGCCUACAAGAGAACGGGUGAUGAGUUCAUGACCAAUAAAGUUGCAACCCUUGCAAAGGAAUAUCUCCCCGCUGACAUCCAGGCUCAGUUCUCAACAAGCAGGGAGCUGAUUAGAAAUAUCCACAACAGCUUCCACAAGCUGCGGGACAGAGCAGAGAAAAUGGCAGAGCGCUCAAAGGAGAAUGCCACGGAUCUACUCAUGUUUGGCAGAGAGCUCAGCACACUGGGCUCAGAUGCUUCGCCUCUUCCCUCCUUGGCCUCCUCACAGAGCACGUGGGGGACGCUGCGUCAGUCACUGAAGAGUCUGUCCGUGGAGUUUGCUGUUCUGUCUGACAAAGCUGCUCAACAGGGCAGACGGGAGGAGGACGAUGUUGUGGAAAAACUGAACCUUUUCCUCGAUUUGCUGCAGUCAUACAGAGAUCUCUGUGAGCGCCAUGAGAAAGGUGUGCUCCACGAGCACCAGAGAGCUCUGCACAAGUACGGCAUGAUGAAGAGGCAGAUGAUGAGCACCACCGUUCAGCCCAAAGAGCAGGCGUCUGUGGAGCAGCUGGAAUCACGGAUCAUUCAGCAAGAAAACGCCAUCCAGACCAUGGAGCUGCGCAACUACUUCUCUCUGUUCUGCCUUCAUCAAGAGACGCAGCUUAUCUUCACCUACCUUCCCAUCACGUCCCACAUUCUCGGGGCUUUUGUUAACUCCCAGGUCCAAGGACACAGAGAGAUGGGAGAGGUGUGGAAUGAACUCCAGCCGAAGCUCGGAUGUCUCUUUGGUGCUAAUAACGGAUUGAAAAGCUCCAUCUGAGACCUGAGCAAGCUGCGAAAGAGAAACACUGCUGCUGAUGAGGACGAGAAACUGGAGAAUAACUCGCUCUGUGAGCUAAAACUAACAGGUGUCACGCACAGCUGUAUUUCCUUCUUACUAAAUCUUCUAUAACACAGUAUACAUUCCAUUCAAGAGGGAUUUCAAACAUAUCACCUUUAACUCGACAGUGUUUGAAAUGAUUCUUUUUAUGCUUUGAUGAGGAUACGUUGUCUAUGUCAAAAUAAACUUUGUUAUUUUAAAACUCCUCUGAUAAAACACCUAUUUCAUACACUCAGAGAGUUGAGAAUCAUUGAGGAACAGAAAGUUUUACUUAAUUAAAUGAUGGGAAUAUUUUCAAACUCAUGAAUUUCUACUUACUGAAUAACUUUGGAGCGAUGUGUUUUGGAUACGGAGUAUAGUUAAUGAGGAUGUGUAACAGCAUGCGUUAUAUUUUUAUGAGCAUGUGUGCUAUUUCUUACUGUUUACCUUCAUGUAGUAUUGGCUUUCUUUGCUUAAACUGUAUGUAAGACUCCUUUUUUAUUUUAUAAGCUAUUUUUUUUAAAACCUCAACUCAAAUUGUAGGAUGCUACAAAGGGCAGAGAUUUGAGUUUCAUUGAUCAAAACUAUGACACUUUUGCAGCAAUAUGUCAGUAAUAACACUAUGACGUGACAAAUUUACCUCAAGGAUAUAUUUUAUGAAUUUACUUAAAAACGCAUCUGUGAAAUCAAUGAUAAAGCGGAUUUCUUACACAAGUCAAUACUUCUUUAACUAACGUCUCAUAUCUUAAUUUUAGAAGUAAAUGUUUGGUCCAUACAUGACUGUUUGUCACAGUUGCAGAUACAAAUUUAAAUGCGAAUGAAGACAACCUGGAUAUUGUUGACUUCCUUUUCCAGUUAGGAUCAGUCGAUGCACACGAGUGUCUGCAGCUUAUCAGAACAUUAUAUAUUUAAAAAUAAAUGUAAAAAAAUCGAAAGUCAAAGGGACGAGUUGAGAAACGCCAGCUGAUUUUAUCUCUGCCCUGAACUGACUGUGUGGAAAUGAAUGAUGCCGAUAUGCAAAUCAGAACAUGGGCACAAUCAUUUUGCAGAAUGAAACAUGUUUGUUUUUGGAAACAGAGAACGUAUUGGGAAACAAAUGAACUUGCACAGAAUAUAAAACCCAAUAAAAUUAUCAUUGUAGAUAUUGUAAAUAUUCUAUCAGAGAAAAAAAA